AUGUCAUUUCCGGCCCGCGUUCCGUUGCUGGUCCCAUACCGGCGGGCCCUGAGUCUCUUCCUCUGGCUGUCGCUGUGUCUUGUCGUCUCUCACGCUCAGCUGCCACCAGUCCCCAGCAACACCCUCGUCUUCAGCGACGACUUUGACUCGGACCAAAUCGACACCACCAAAUGGAACGUCCGCUCCACCUGCAACGACCCCCGCUGGAACGGAGUCGCCUGCUACACCGACGACCCCUCUGUCGUCUUUGUUUCGAACGGUUCGUUGGUCAUUCGGCCGCGGCUGCAGUCCCUCUGCGUCGACACCGCGUGUGCCUCGAUUGCCUCGGCCUGGCUCGACACCGAUACAAAGUUCUCGCUCAACAUGGGUCGCUUCGAGCUCCGAGCCAAGGUUCCACCGGGAGCCAGCGCCCUGUCGGCCUUCUGGUUGCUCAUCAACAGCACCCGGGCCGCGCAGCUCAAUGUUCCGGCCGCCUAUGGCGAGCUGGAUGUCAUGAUCGUCAACUCGAGCUCCAACAGCCUGGCCUCCGCGAUCUGGGCCAACGAUGGCUUUUCGCUAUCCAGUGCCUCGGCGAUCCAAGGCAGCAUCUACUCGCCGUCAGAUGCGGACCUCUCGGAUGACUUUCACCUCUACUGGCUCGAGUGGUCUCCCAACCUGGUCGUCUUUGGCAUCGACAACAUCACCACCUUUACCAACCAUAUGUGGGCCGUCCCUCGGUUUCUGAGUCGAGAAAAGCACACCGACACGAAUGCCUUUACGCCCAGCUUGAUCGACUACUUUCUAGUGCUGAACCUGGCCAUCGUUUCAAGCGACCCAGGCUCAGGCGGGGCAGGCCCCAACGGCUCGGCAUCCUGGGGCGAGCUGCUGAUCGAUCAUGUCCGGACCCAUCUGAAACAAGCCCUGUCAAUGAACCACUCUGAGCUUGAUUUCACUUCGACGGCCGCCGGCCCCAGCUCGCCGCCCUGUGAUGACGGCAAGCUGAGCAUCGAGCACCUGGACUGGUUCUGCACCAAGCUGAUGCAUACCCUCGACUUGCUCUCGAGCUCUGACCGCAUGGUCGUUGUGGCCUCCAUCCUUCACAACUGCCUCAACGGCGACGAGUUCACAAGGGUCUACAACCACAUGCGGCAGAAUCUCUAUCGGCACCCUCGAUCGCAUCCGUCGGGCCGGGCUCAGUCGGCUCCCCGGCGCUUUCACUUCGGCCUGCCGCCCACCAUUUCCGAUCUCCCCAACGAAGUCCUCUCUCACAUCUUCACCUAUCUCCACUCCACGCCCUCGGCCUUGGCCACUGCCUCGGCCGUAUCCAGGCACUGGAACCAGGUCGUUCGUGAUGAUAUCCUUUGGAAGCGGCUCUGUCGCGCCCGGGGCUUCAUCUCCCUCGAUGCCUCCUCCGGCGACCGACACAAGCUCCUGCAUUUCUUCUCCUGGCGCGAGCGCAAUCCGAUACGCUUCUCGGACCCAGGGCCUCUCUCGGAAACAACGCUGGUGGGCUCGCCGUUCUCGUCCAGUCUCGGCUUGAUCUACAGCUGGCCAUGGCGGAAGGUUUAUAAGGAGAACUACCUCACGGCCAUCAACUGGACCAAGGGCCACUACCGCACGAGACGCAUCGCCCCGAAUCAAAACGGUCGUGGCAACCUCGCAAUUCAUUUUGACGAUGCCUGGGUUGUCUCGGUGGUCAACGGUGAAGAGGGAAACAUCCAGCUGUGGAACAUGCACACUGGGCACAGUCAAUUCAAGGUGCACGGCCACCAGGGAUUCGUUUCGGCUGUCAAGCAUGUCAUCAGCGGCGGUGCUGACCGUACGAUCAAGAUAUGGGACUCGAUGACGGGCCAGACCGUCAAAAUCCUCCAUGGCCACUCUGGAGAAAUCAGCUGCAUCCAAAGCAACGGCGCCACGAUCGUAUCGGGCUCAGAGGAUCAGACCAUCAGGGUAUGGCGGUUCUACGACGGGCUGUGCACUCACAUCCUCCGGGGUCACACCGGAGCGAUCUGCUGCCUCCAAGCCUGUGGAUCCACGAUCGUGAGCGGCUCCACCGACCACACCAUCCGUGUCUGGAGCACCGACUUGGCUAUGGAUCCAGCCUUGUUCGAUGACUCGCUGAUCGUCUCUGGGAGCGACGACAUGACCAUCAAGGUCUGGGACGUGGCCACAGGCGAAAUCAAGCGCACGCUUGAGGGCCAUCUCGGCGGUGUCGUUUGUCUGCAGUUUGACAAGCAAAAGAUCGUCAGCGGCAGUUCUGACAACACGAUCAAGGUCUGGACUCUGGCAUCGGGCCAGUGUCUCUACACCCUCAAGGAGCACUCGGAUACGUACUGUAACUUUGCUGUAUCUGGGUCGGAGGGGUCGCAGGUCUGGAGCCUGCGCUUUACUCGCAACAAGCUUCUCUCGAGCUCAUUCGAUCGGUCGCUGCUUGAAUGGGAUUUUACGUUCACAGAAAGCGACGACCUCGACGAAGGCUCCAGCCAGCUUUCAGGCUCCAGCUCCACCGACAUCUCCUCCAUCACUAGCGACGAUGGCGACGACUGA